AACACGAGCGAACGCCGGCUACCAGCCACUUAAAACAGAAAUCAAAGAAGUUGAGUAAGAACGGGAAGAAGAAGCAGGAAGAAGAAGAAGAAGAACACAUCGGCACCACCACAAUGAAUUCAAGCAAGAGACUGGGAAAGGAGCUGGAGGAUAUCCGCAAAAGUGGGUUGAAGUGUUUCCGCAACAUUCAAGUGGAUGAAACAAACAUUUUACACUGGCAAGGGCUCCUUCUUCCUGAUUGCUCUCCGUAUGACAAAGGAGCAUUUCGGAUCGACAUAAAUUUUCCAUCAGAGUACCCCUUCAAGCCGCCAAAGGUCAAUUUCAAGACGAAAAUCUACCAUCCCAACAUCGACGAGAAGGGUCAGGUCUGCCUGCCGAUGAUCACUGUGGAGAACUGGAAACCAGCCACAAGAGCAUACCAAGUGAUUCAGAAUCUAGUCGGUCUCAUUAACACCCCCGAGCCGGAGCAUCCGCUGAGGGCCGACCUGGCCGAGGAAUACACUAAAGACCGUGCCAAAUUCAUGAAGAACGCCGAGGAGUUCACGAGGAAACACAGUGAAAAACGACCCACUGACUGACCACACACAACACACCGACCCUCACAGCUGUUUGCCUUCUUUCUGUUUUCUCUUUAAAUAGCCUACCCUGACUUUGUUCUCACCCCCCCCCCCCACCCCCCCAAAUUCACACAAAGUUGCCCCGCUUCUCUCUCGUACCUUCAAUGUUGUAACACUCUCCGACCACUCCUCAGUAGAGGCUUGUGUUUCUCUUUCACUUUGCCAAAAAAGAAAAAGAGAAGCAGGACUUUUUGGUGAAUCUGCAGGUUCUGGCCUCUAGCAGUCACCUCUGGGUUGUUUUAAAAUUCUUUCUACUAAUUUCUUUUUAUAAAAACUUCAGAAAAUUGUCAGAGGUGGUGGUAUCCUGGAGAGAAUUAAGUGCUGUUCUGCUUAAUCAAAUGUUGAAUGUUGUCUCAGAUGAAUCAUUAGCUGAUGCAGACCUGUUUACUCUUUUUUUUUUUUUUUUUUUAAAAAGCUUUUGUUUUCUCGAUUCCUUUUUGAACAGUUAGCAUCUAAUGCUGCUGUUUGUCUGUUGCCUCCCUUUUUUACUUCCUCUGCCUUUUUAGAGACGCACUGUACGUCGUGAUACUCACCGUCACAGGACCUGAAAGUUCAGAUUUGUUUCUGAUGUAGAAAAAAAACACAACACAAGUCAUGUGCUUUAAAAUGUUUUUUUUUUGUACUUUGCGAUAUUAGGGAAAAUCUCUAUGUGAAAACUCUUCCUCCUCUGCCGGCCUCGUAGGGAAGCAGUUUUUUUAUUUUUUUAUGCAGAUGGGAAAUCAAUCUUUUUAUGUUUUAUUUUGAGUGCAGUACUGUUCGUCUAAAUGUCAGACAUAGUUCUAAAGGCACUUCUCAAGUUAGAAUUUUCUUCUUAAAUAUCAUUAGUGAAUCAGUUCUAACACCUCUAACAACACGUUGUUUGGUUCUUUCUAAAGAAACGGCAGCCUCAGCUUUAAUAUUAAAACACACACGUGGUUGCUCUUGUGUUUAUUUUACUGAUCGUCCACUCAGCACUAUGUUGAUAUUUUUUUAUACUCAGACCUCGAUAAAGAAAGCACUGAUUGGUUCAACACGUUUUGAGCUUGCAGAGUUCCUAUUGGCUCCUUUCUCCUGUAGUUAACAGUCCUUAUAUCCUGGUAGUUGACCAAACCAUAGCGCACCUGACUGUACGCCGUUAUACAUGUACGAUAAGGCAAGACAUACAUGUCAUAUAGCGGACGGAUGGUCAUUAAUGAAUAAAGAUUUGUGAUGGA